CCCGAGGGCGGCGGCGAGCGUGGGAACGCGGAGGUCUGCACCGAAGGCUGGCGGCAGGCCGGGCGCGCACGGCGGCGGGAUGUGUGACCGGAACGGAGGCCGGCGGCUGCGCCAGUGGCUGAUAGAACAAAUUGACAGCAACAUGUACCCAGGGCUGAUUUGGGAAAACGAUGAGAAGAGCAUGUUCCGGAUCCCCUGGAAGCACGCUGGCAAACAAGAUUAUAAUCAGGAAGUGGAUGCUUCCAUUUUCAAGGCCUGGGCAGUUUUUAAAGGGAAAUUUAAGGAAGGGGACAAAGCUGAACCAGCCACAUGGAAGACCAGGCUACGCUGUGCCUUGAACAAGAGUCCAGAUUUUGAGGAAGUGACAGACCGGUCCCAGCUGGACAUUUCCGAGCCAUACAAAGUUUACCGCAUCGUCCCAGAGGAAGAGCAAAAAUGCAAAUUAGGUGUGGCAACUCCAGGCUGCGUGAACGAAGUCACUGAGAUGGAGUGCGGUCACUCUGAAAUUGACGAACUGAUCAAGGAGCCUUCUGUGGAUGAGUACAUGGGGAUGGUCAAAAGGAGCCCGUCACCGCCUGAGGCCUGCAGGAAUCAGCUCCUCCCAGACUGGUGGGUGCAGCAGCCCAGUGCAGGCUUGCCCCUGGUGACGGGGUACACCGCCUACGACGCGCACCAUUCAGCCUUCUCCCAGAUGGUCAUCAGCUUCUACUAUGGGGGCAAGCUGGUAGGCCAGACCACCACGACCUGCCCUGAGGGCUGCCGCCUGACCUUGAGCCAGCCGGGACUGCCCAGUGGCAAGAUGUAUGGGCCGGAGGGCCUGGAGCUGGUGCGCUUCCCGCCCGCAGACACCAUCCCCAGCGAGCGGCAGAGGCAGGUGACGCGGAAGCUGUUCGGCCACCUGGAGCGAGGCGUGCUGCUGCACAGCAGCCGGCAGGGCGUGCUGGUCAAGCGGCUGUGCCAGGGCCGCGUGUUCUACAGCGGCAACGCUGUGCUGUGCAAGGACCGGCCCAACAAGCUGGAGCGUGACGAGGUGGUCAAGGUCUUCGACACCAGUCAGUUCUUCCGAGAGCUGCAGCACUUCUACAACAACCAGAGCCGGCUUCCUGACAGCAGGGUGGUGCUGUGCUUCGGAGAAGAGUUUCCAGAUAUGACUCCCUUGCGCUCCAAGCUCAUUCUUGUGCAGAUUGAGCAACUCUACGUCCGGCAGCUGAUGGAAGAAGCUGGGAAGAACUGCAGCGUGGGGUCCAUGAUGCAGGCUCCCGAGGAGCCCCAGCCCGACCAGGUCUUCCGGAUGUUUCCCGAUAUCUGUGCCUCCCACCAGAGACCCUUUUUCAGAGAAAACCAACAGAUCACAGUUUAAGUCUUUCUCUCUCUCAGGCACCCACCCCGUCCACACGUCACAUUUCUUUAUUACAAUUACUGUUGUAAUUAUUUAAGAUACAUAUCCCUCUGGCUUGGGGUGGGAUGCCUACCUCUGCUCUUAAUUUAGUAAGAGCACCCCCGAGGACUAUGUCCAGACGUGGGCAUGGAGACAUGCCGCAACUGGUCUGGAAGCUAUAACCAGAAUUGCUGAUUAAAACAUUUACUUCCUGUAUGUCUCCCUAAUUAUCAUUAGUUGCCAUGAUCCUUUCAGCAUUUUGGGAUACUAGAUAUUUCCAAAGAAAUUUGGAGAAGAUCAAAGCUGCUUUUCAUCUUUAUCUUUCGUUAGAGCUAUAUAGAUUUAUGAUUUCAUGUGGAUGAUUCAAUGUGAAGUGUCUUUUUGCUUUUAAGCAUAUCAAUAAGAUUUAAAAAUAGAUGCAAGCAUACCUGAAAUAAGUGAAAGGAAAUCUUUUGGCUUGUUUGGAGAAUGUAUAGUCUUCCUAGAAUUUGGUGCUAGAGGAGCAUUUCCAUCACCAAGUAAACUGAUAUAUUUUUAUCUUCAGACAACGAGAAUUCUCCCUUUGUUGCUUUGUUGCCAGCCAACUUAGAUAAAUUUAUUUUUUCAUUUUUGUAAUUGUCAUCUCUGAUACCGCUCUGUAUUCCUCUUUCUAAAUGCUUUUGCCCUGUUUUUAAAAAAUGCUUUUGCCCUGUUUUAAAAAAAAAAUAUUUGUAAUUUUAAUUGUCCUAUUAUAAACCACUUGGACGCUUUUUUCUUUUUUUUAUAAAGUGGGUAGGCUAUAAACCACAAGUUCGAAAAAUAAUUCUGGAUUGUACGAGCCUUUUGAUUGUGGCUCUGAUUCAGUUCCUCCACUCACUAACCCUUGGUGCUGAGUGUGUAGGUGGGGCUCGAGGGCACUGGGGGAUGUGAAUGACAUGUGUUAGCCUGUCACCACUUCUCUGGCCCUGGGGUAGGCUGUGCCAGCGGGUAGGCCUCUGCCAUCCCUACCACUCCAUGAGGUUCAAGACGGCCCCGCUGCACACCAAAUACUUCAACAGAGUCAUCUAAUGGGAUUUCAAUGGCGAAGUCCCAGUUUUGGCCGAGGAAGAACUUACCCGACUUACUGUCAAAUAAGAUGCAUUUACUACCCAGAACGUGUCAAAAUGUUUAUCCUAAAUCAUGAUGCUAAUUGAGAGCCAGGGGCAGAAGAACGAGAACAAUGGCUUGGCUUAAGAACGAGAGUAGUUCACGCCAGCUCACUGACCCCCCAGUAUGCAGUGCACCGCAUCUCCACGACCGCUUUCAGGACUAAAAAGCAGGUGAACAUUUUUUUCCCUAAACAGACAUAUUUGGCUAGAGUGGGGUGCCCCUUAUUUGUCUGUCUGUCCUGUGUGGUGCACUGGAGCUGGCAGAGAUGGGCACCCGCAGUGCGUGCCGAGCACCACCCUACUUCGUGGUGGUACAGAGUUUGUUGAUCUGGCUGACUCAGUCCCACCAUGGCAGAUUUUGGGGGGUUGGGGGGAGCUUUUACUUUGCUUCCACUCUCUUGGGGGUGGGGAGAAGAAUCUUUUCAGUAUUCUUUUCCCUUUAUCACACAGCCUGGGUCACUCCCACCCCUGACUUAGGAUCUCACAAUGAAAGAGCAAGAAGGGGGCUCACUUGUCAACCCUCAUUGGAAGAAAUGGCAGGAGGAGUUGGGAUUUGGGGGGCAUAUUGUUCCAGCUCAGUGAAGCUCGUGGCCUUGUAACUGCAUAAGUCUCUGGCAAAAUCUGAAAAACCCAAGGAUGCCUCUUUGCUGUUCCUUUGUUCCUGCUGUGAACGUGAUGCAAGGGUAGCCAGGCUGGAUAAUGACAGGACCUAUGCAUGUGUCUGCAUUGAUGUCCGCGGGAGGACUCCGGCGGAAGAGGACCCUCUGGCUAAUAAAGCGAGCAUUACAUUUUUAGCUUCCUGAGAUUUUGUAAGUCUGCAGAUUUGCUUUUGUCUGUUGCACAAAUGAAUGUUAAAGCACAUCUUUA